UAAUUUGACUCAUCAACUCUAUGUAAUGCCAUUAUACUGUAUUUCCGACCUUUCGUCUGUAGCUAACGAAACAAAAUGACUUGUAAGCGCAGAAAUGGUGGACGUGCCAAGCAUGGCCGUGGUCAUGUAAAUCCAGUUCGUUGUACCAAUUGUGCACGAUGUGUACCAAAGGAUAAAGCAAUUAAGAAGUUUGUUAUUCGUAAUAUUGUGGAAGCAGCUGCUGUUAGAGAUAUUACAGAAGCAAGCUUUUACUCCGCAUAUCAACUUCCUAAGCUGUACGCCAAGUUGCAUUACUGUGUAUCGUGUGCUAUUCACUCAAAAGUAGUUCGCAAUAGGUCUAAAGCGAGCCGUCGUAUUAGGACACCUCCAGUUCGUAAUUUUCCCAGGGAUCUGCGUCAAGGUCAGCAAAACAGAAAAUAACUUAAUAUGU